AUGUAAGCGGAGACAACUCUCGCGAUUUGACUGUAGUUUCACUUUAACAACGAUCACUAUGACGUCGAGUGGAACUGUGCAACGGUUGGACGGGAAGAUUGCAUUAAUUACAGGUGCCAGUUCUGGAAUUGGAGCAGGGACUGCUGUACUGUUUGCAGAACUGGGAGCACAGUUAGCUCUGACUGGACGUAAUGAGGAAAAUCUCCAAACCACUGCAGCCCAGUGUAGGCAGACUGGCGGUAACCAGCCUCUCCUGAUUGUGGCUGACAUGUUGAAAGAGGAGGAUGUGGCACGUGUCCUGGAUGACACAAUAAAACAGUUUGGACAACUAGACAUUCUGGUCAACAAUGCUGGUAUAGUAAAAGGGGGCGGUAUUGACAACACGUCGCUGGCCGACUACGAUGCUGUGAUGAACACAAACGUCAGAGCACCUUAUCAGCUUACGAUGUUAGCUGUUCCCUAUCUUACCAAGACCAAGGGUACCAUUGUGAAUGUGUCCAGCGUCAACGGCAUGAGAUCAUUCCCGAAUGUGCUAGCCUACUGCAUGUCAAAGAGUGCCAUAGAUCAGUUCACGCGCUGUACAGCUCUGGAACUAGCUUCUAAAGGAAUCCGAGUAAACAGUGUCAACCCCGGAGUAAUUUUAACAGAAAUCCACAAACGAGGUGGGAAGACGGAGGAGGAGUACAAGAAGUUUCUGGAGCAUUCUAAGACAACACAUGCUUUAGGCCGUGUCGGGGAAGUACAGGAGGUUGCCAGAACAAUCGCAUUUCUCGCCUCAGACAGUUCCUCCUUCAUCACUGGUGCCCAAAUACCUAUUGAUGGAGGACGUCAUGCCAUGUGUCCACGCUAGAGCCUGCUAUGGGCUGGAAUGUUUACAGUGCUAAUCUCUAUUUACUAUGGGCUCGAAUGUUUACAGUGCUAAUCUCUAUUUACUAUGGGCUGGGAUGUUUACAGUGCUAAUUAGGGCCCCGUAUCAGAGAUACGGGUGCCCUAUAUAUAUAGUAAUCACUGUCUGUCUGUCUGUCUGUCUGUCU